GUGUUACAUUAGCUAUCCUCCAGUUAUCUAGUACAGAGUCUGAUUGAACUGAUAGGUUACAUGCUUAAUAGUUUUGCAAUUUGAGUUCCAUCAGAAAUGUGAGUUCCAUUUGGUCCUGGUGACUUUACUGUUUAAUUUAUCAAAUUGUUCCAAAACCUCCUCAACUUGGGACAGUUCUGCAGAUUUGUCAGCUGAAAAGAAUGACUCGGGUGUGGGAAUCUCCCUCACAUUCUCUGCCCUGAAGACUGAUGCACAGAAUUAACUUCUCUGCGGUGAUCUUGUUUUCCUUCAUUGCUUCUUUAGCACUUUGAUCAUUAAGUGGCCCUCUGAUUGGCAGACUUUCUGCUUCUGAUGUGCUUAACAUUUUUUACUAUUAGUUUUUGUCUCUUCUUCUACUUGCUGUGCAGAUUUUUUUAUGGCUUAACUAAUUAUAGUUUUACAGUUGACUUGCCAGAGUUUAUGUUGAAUAACAUCUGUUUCACAAAGCAGUGAUUAAUGUGGUGUUUCUAUCAGUUGACUCCCUUUUUAUUUUAUAACCCCUUUAUUACUGUUAACGGUUCCCAUUGAGAGCCACCUAGAAUUAAUAAAGAAGAAAAUUGUCUCUUGUGUGUCCCUCUAUUGAUGGUGAAGUUGUUAAACGAACAUCAAUUAUUUCUGUGGGUGUUAAAAAUAUAUAUAUAUUUUUAUAAUAUAGCUACAAAUCAGUGGUUUCUUCCUGCUGUUAGAGGAGAUAUUCCUCCAGGCUGUGCAGCCCAUGGAUUUGUCUGUGAUGGCACCAGAAUACUAGUGUUUGGAGGAAUGGUUGAAUAUGGAAGAUACAGUAAUGAUUUAUAUGAAUUACAGGCAAGUCGAUGGCUGUGGAAAAAAGUAAAACCUCAGGCUCCUCCUAUUGGUUUGCCACCUUGUCCUAGACUUGGUCACAGCUUUUCUUUAUAUGGUAACAAGUGUUAUUUGUUUGGUGGCUUGGCAAAUGAAAGUGAAGAUUCAAACAAUAACAUUCCCAGAUAUUUAAAUGAUUUCUAUGAACUGGAGCUGCAACAUGGUUCUGGAGUCGUAGGCUGGAGCAUUCCAAUGACCAAAGGAAUCUUGCCUUCUCCUCGAGAAUCCCACACAGCCAUUGUGUAUUGCAGAAAAGAUGUAGGAAAUCCAAAGAUGUAUGUUUUUGGAGGGAUGUGUGGCUGUAGACUUAAUGACCUUUGGGAGCUUGACAUAGAAACAAUGACGUGGUCCAGAGCAGAAACUAAGGGGACAGUGCCACUUCCUCGCAGUCUCCAUACAGCCAAUGUAAUAGGAAACAAAAUGUAUGUUUUUGGUGGAUGGGUUCCACAGACAGUGGAGGAUGAGAUUUCUACUCCUGAUGGUGAAUGGAAGUGUACCAGUUCAUUUUCUUAUCUAAAUUUGGAUACCAUGGAAUGGAUAGCUCUAAUCUCAGAUUGCCAGGAAGAUAAAAAAAACUUGUUACCAGGGCCAAGAGCGGGACACUGUGCUGUGGUAGUUGGCACUCGUCUGUAUAUCUGGAGUGGUAGAGAUGGUUAUAGAAAAGCUUGGAACAAUCAAGUUUGCUGUAAGGAUCUUUGGUAUUUAGAUACAGAGAAACCACCAGCCCCAUCACAAGUACAGUUGAUCAAAGCUACAACUAAUUCUUUUCAAGUAAAAUGGGAUGACGUUCCUACAGUGGAAGGAUAUCUUCUUCAGUUAAAUGCUGACUCCCCAGUGCCUAUAGUGACCAGUGGAAUACCAGUUACCAUCGUUCCUGAGACUGCAUUGCCAAGUUCACAAGGAAUCAAGCUGGAUCUUCACAGCCAAACAAAUCAUGUGGUUCCUAAUAAUGUGCAAGUUUCAUCUAAUCCAUUAUUAAAACUGGAAGCUGAAGAAAAUAUUACUGAACCUGAAAAUAUGGUUACAAAAGAGGCUACAAAGAAAAAUUAUCUAGAUUCUAGAGAAGUCAAAGAAUCAAAUGCCCCCUCACUUUUGCCAGGAUGUACUGUAGGUCCUCAGACUUCAGCAAAUGUAGCUGAAUUACAUGACUUGGACAUAAGAACUGUAAAUCCUGAUGCUUCUGUAUCCAGUAUUGUCUCCUGUUCACAAACUAUGGUAACCCAGCAGGCUGUUAAAACUGAGUCAUCAAGUACAAAUGGGGCAGUUGUUAAAGAUGAAACUUCACUAACAACAGUCAGUUCAAAAUCUGAAGUUGCUGAAACUACUUUUAUAAUGUCUUCAACUAAAGUCAGCGCUCCUCAGACAAAUAACUCGACUGUACACUUAUCUAAAACUACUUCACCAAACCAGAUGGCAACAGUAAAAAGAGACCGACAAUGGUACGAUGUAGGAAUUUUUAAAAGCAACAGUGCUCUGGUAAACCAGUACUAUUUGUUACUAGAAGAAAAAGCAAGCAUCUCUAACAAGAUGGAAAAUGCUGAUGUCCUAGACUACAGUUUACUUAAGAAACAGGAUCUCUUUCCAGGCACUGUGUACAGGUUCAGGGUUGCUGCAGUUAAUGGCUGUGGUGCAGGCCCUUUCAGUAAAGUCAGUGAAUUUAAAACCUGCAUUCCUGGUUUUCCUGGGGCACCUUCAACUGUCAGAAUCACCAAGAGUGUAGAUUGUAUUCAUCUUUCAUGGGAGCCACCUGUUUCACCUUCUGGAAAUAUCUUGGAAUAUUCAGCUUACUUAGCUAUUCGUACCACACAACUACAUGAAAACCCCAAUCAGCUUGUAUUUAUGAAAAUAUACUGUGGUCUUAAAACAUCCUGUAUGGUAACUGCUGCACAGCUUUCAAAUGCCCAUGUUGAUUACACCUCCAGACCAGCUAUAGUGUUCAGGAUUUCUGCAAAGAAUGAGAGAGGAUAUGGACCAGCCACGCAAGUUCGAUGGCUUCAAGAAAUGAAAACAUCAAGUUCAAAAUAGAAGCACUGUAGUAAAAUGCAAGUUAUGAAUGUAGUGUUUAACACUUAUAAUAUUUUGUAAAUGCUCCAGAUAUUUUAUUUUUGCAUUGUUUUUAUCUUAAAUUUAUACGAACACUUUUUUUUACGCGUUAAACAUCAGCAUUAUGCAGCCUUGCUCAGGUUGAACUACCAUAUAUGGAAAUUCUUAUACUGAAGGUAAACAAUUAGAUACUAAUCAUGUAUCAACAGCCACUUUGAUAAUUAAAAUUUUAAUUAGCAUUGUCUUUUAACUCUACCAUUGACACAUGAAGCAGAAUUUAAAUUUGUAAAAAAUUGCAGGUGUACAGGAUUAUCUGUCACUUGUGCCUGUUUUCAAAGAUUUAGUAGAAUGUCAGAAUGCCAUUGCAGAUAACUUUACAAAAGACUCAUAUGUGUAAUUCUGUUCAGUUGAAGUUCUUGUGCCACAUUCAUCAUAUGUGGUAUCUGAGUGCAAGGCAAACAUUUCCAUUUAUUACAGUAUUUUAAAAUGUAUAGAAUAUUUUAAUAUAUAUACUUUUUGUAAAAAAAAAUUUCUACUAUUUGUAACAAAUACUUUAAUCUUUGAAGGCAUUCCCCUGAAGAUAUGCAAAUACUAGGAAACUUAGUCACUUCUGUUUAUGAAAAAUAUACAUGUAAUAUAAAUGCACUACUAUUUGUUGGGAUUUUGAAGUUGUACAAAUCUUAAAUUUGUAAAUAUUCUUAAUGUUUACAAAGAGACCUCUCUGGUCUUAAUAUUAAACCCUUCAUAAGGAUUCAUCCAUUUUUUAAUUCAUAUGCUUUGCUUCCAGCAUAUGCUUGCUUUUUGCACUAAUAAGAAUUUAAUUUACCUCAUUCUUAUGUUUGUAAUCGCUUGUGUUGCUUCCAUAAUGUUUCUGUAAUAUUUUAGUUUUAAAAUUUAACCAAAGUUAAAAUACAUGGUAAGCAGUUUUGCACAUAUUAUAAAAUAAUUCUUAUGACAUAUUUAUUCCAGUUAGUCUUCAUAACUGCUUGUUUGGUAGAACAUAAAGGUAAAGCAAUCAGUCCAAUACUCCCAUUUACCUAUUAGUCAUUUUUCAUUAGUUAGACAGCUAUUUAGCUCAAAAAGCACUGCCAUUAGGAAUAGGUUGAUCCAUUCCUGUGCUAAUGAAAGUAUUUGUUCACAGUAAUAGAACAAAUGUAAACAUUUCAAUGCUAUUUAUUUUUAAAAAAACAUUUGUUUACCAAAGUGUAGAGUAAAAUAGCUGAAUUGUGUGAGGCCACAAGGUGAAUUGAUUUUGAGGCAUCUAAUAAUUUUUAUAAAAUAAGUUACUGGACAUGUGCAAUGAAGUUUAUACUUUGCACUUUAAAUAUUUCCCUCUGCCAAUAGAAUAUACAUCAAGGUGGAAUUAUUUGCCUUUUCCCCUCACAUUGAUGUUAAGAGCAUGCACUGUAAAUAUGUAAUCUUAAAAACUAAGAAUAGACUUGCUUGUUUGUUUUGGAUUUGCUUUUUUAAAAAAAAUAAAAUAGGGACAUAAAUAUUUGGUAAAAGAUUGAAUAACCCAAAUAUGCUGGAGUUAAUUUUAUGUGGCCAAACUUUAGACUUCUUAAAGGCAGCAUUUAUAAUGGAAGUGCUGAUACUGCCUUAACACAGCUACAAUCUAUGAUGCCAUGUAAAAGCACUGGGGACUUUACAAAUCUUCACUAUAGAAUUGAUUGUGACAUAAGAAUAGUAUAAAUAGUUCUUCUCCUAACAAAAAAAAUGUGUGUAGUGAUGAUUUCAACAGUUUUACUUGAAGCUGCAAUAUUUGCAUUAUGAAUUUUGAUAUAAGGUUUUUUCCUGCAGACAAAAUUAAAUGAGCUAAAAAACAUUGGUUUUAUGGUUCUCUUAAUCAGUUAUGACCUUGAACUACCCAGUAACUAAAAUCUUCACUUACAUGCAAGCUGUAACUAGAAAAGUAUAACUUGUUUUUUUAUUAGUACUGUGAAAGAUGCCUUUAAAAACAUUUAUGGCUUUGACUUUGUUGGUUGAUAGCUGUAAUUGUAGAGAGAUUAUGUAAGAAUAAAACUUGUUGGGUACGUCCAUGGAUGGAGUUUUUGCACUUGGUUUCAUAUACUUUGCACAUUUUAUUUUUUAAAGGAUGUGUUCAGAUGACCAAAGGUAAAACUGUGGUGUUUUCAAUCAAACUAUGAUUUUUUGUGUAAGUGUACUUACAUCUGGCUUAAGUUUUUGCUGUCUUCCAUUGUCCCAGUUGGGUAAUGUUUGAUAGUGAACAUAUGCAAAUCUCCUGUUCUGUGCUUUGCAGUUUUACUUUAAAAUUAAAUUACUUUGUACACUGUGAAAAUGCACAUUGAGGUCUGCUUCUCAGAACUGUACUUACAAAAUAUCUAAAUCCUACCUAAGUUUCAUAGUAGAGAAAACAAUUUAUUUGCUUAUAAACUAGAUAGUGUACAAAUAUACUGAGAUGCGUGUUCCAGGUUUAAAAUUUGUUUGAAAUACAAUUGAAAUUAGCUGUUUGGGAAACUGCUCAGAAGCUUUCAUUAUUCCAUAUUUACCAUUGUUAAAAUAUUGUAAACAAAACACCCAUAUUGAUCAGAAUACAAUAUCAAUUUUGUAGAAAUUUGUAGAAAUUUCAUGGUUUGGUAGACUUUUUGUUAAAGUUCUGACUGUAUAAGUAUAAAACUUAUGUUAGCUGUGGCAGAUAUUGCAACAACUUAAGAAUGUUUUUGUGAAAUUGGAAAUCAAAAGAAUGAAAAGCAACAUUUAGUGUUUAAAAUAAUGAUAGCAAUAUCUUUGAAUAUACUUUGAAGUAGAGCAUGUGAUGACCAAGCCAUAAACUUUGAAGAUAUAGUAAAUGAUGUUAUUGUUAACUGGUAAUUUGAGAUGGUUAUAGUUUUAUGGCCUGUUACUUCAGUGAUCUCUACAAAGAAAACUGACAUUUUGUACAAUGAAAAAAUAAUUGAAUAAAUCUUAUUUCAAAGCAUUGUUUAUUCUUUGUAAUAAAGUGGUUGUCCUAGAAAAUGAGGCGUAUGUCAGUACUUUUCAAUUCAGAACUAUUUGUGUACACAUUUCAAAAGUCUUCUGAAAGAUUUGGUUCCCUUAAGUCAGGGGUAGGCAAAAUACAGACUGCCAUGAUACUCUGGGCUGCCAAUGUCGC